UCUGCGAUUGCGAUUGAGAAUAGGAAGUUGUGUGUGCAGAAGAAGAAGGCUUGAUGCUGUGCGAAAAAAAAAGCUGUAAUGGGAAGUGUUUUUUUAAUUUGGAAACAUAUUGGUGAUUUGACUUUUUGACCACACAUUUUCUAGCGCCUAGUGCGAUCAGGCAUGGAGUAGACGUAGUUAAAUUUGCAGUUUUUCCAAUCAUCUGACAAGUAAACAGACAAGCAAGUGACAAGACCCAGUUUUAAAAAGUAAACUGUUGUUUUACGUGAUUUUAAGUAGUGUCGCAGAAGUGGUGAGCUUAAUGAGAAAUUGCGCGUGGUGAGAAUUUAAAUAUGAGUAAUCAUAAUGAUAGAUCUCCAGGCCCAAUUCCUCCCAGAUGGUUACAUUGCCCACGCAAAGCACACGAUUUAGUAGCUAAUAAAUUCCUGGCAUUCAAAACACCAUUGAGUUCACGUUAUGAUGACCAAGUUCCCGAAGAAUGCCGCUUUCCACCUGAAAUGAUAUUUGAUUUAAUGAAAAGCUACAAGGUGAAAAUAGGUCUUUGGAUUGAUUUGACCAACACUUCACGUUUUUAUAAUAAGGAUGACGUAGAGGAACAUGGCUGCAAAUAUCUAAAACUUCAGUGCCGAGGGCAUGGUGAGACACCAUCAGAAGAACAAACGGCCACAUUUAUACGUAUUUGCAGUCACUUCAUCAGUCACCAUCCUUUAGAAAUUAUUGGUGUGCACUGUACACAUGGCUUCAAUCGGACAGGAUUCCUGCUUGUAUCAUAUCUUGUUGAAAAUAUGGACUGCAGUGUCGAUGCUGCUGUCAGGGAAUUUGCACGCGUUAGACCUCCAGGAAUUUAUAAGCACGAUUACCUUUUGGAACUUUUCAAAAGAUUUGAAGAUAUUGCAGACACGCCAGCCCCACCAGAACUUCCUGACUGGUGCAGAGAGGAAGAAGAAGCAGAUGAUGAUGAUGAUGGUGCUGGUGGGAGUGUCGGUGGAGAAGAAAAUGGGAAAGCAGCUGGAAGCAAUCAGAGACGAAGGAAGGAAUUUCGAAAGAAAAAUCCUACAUUCAUGGAAGGUGUAAAUGGUGUUACACCAGUCACAACCCAGCCUAAGUUGUCAGAAAUACAGAAAAAAACUCAGUCAUUAUGUGGGUGGAGAGGUUCUGGCUUUCCAGGCAGCCAGCCAGUGUCUAUGGAUACAGCGAACAUUCAACUUCUGCACCAAAAGCCCUACAGAGUGUCGUGGAAAGCAGAUGGGACAAGGUAUAUGAUGCUGAUCCUCCAGGCAAAUGAAGUUUACUUCAUCGACAGAGAUAAUGCUGUAUUUCAAGUUUCUGGUCUUAAGUUUCCACACAGGAAAGAUCCUAACAGGCACAUCGGAAAUACUUUAUUAGAUGGGGAAAUGGUUAUAGAUAAGGUGAAUGGAAAGGACAUCCCAAGAUAUCUUGCGUAUGAUAUAAUCAAAUUUGAGGGCAAUGACAUUGCAUCACGGCCUUUUUAUCCUGAUCGGUUAACAUGUAUUGAUGUGGAGAUUGUGCAGCCUCGUAAUAAAGCAUUUGGUGAAGGUCGUUUGAACAAAGCUGCUGAGCCAUUCAGUAUUCGUUUGAAGCAAUUUUGGGAUGUUACACAAGCAAAAAGUUUAUUAAGUGACAAAUUCAGCAAAAACCUUGCACAUGAACCAGAUGGUCUCAUUUUCCAACCUGCGAAAGAGCCAUAUGUUGCUGGACGAUGCAUGGAAGUUUUAAAGUGGAAGCCACUGAGUCAUAAUUCUGUUGACUUCAAGUUGAAGAUAUUGACAGAAAGUGGUGCAGGAAUACUACCUCGAAAAGUUGGUCAGCUUUUCGUAAGUGGUCUUGAUCGGCCAUUUGCAGCAAUUAAGAUCAACAAAACUCUAAAGGAAUUUGAUAACAAAAUAAUUGAAUGCCGAUUUCAAGAUAACCAGUGGGUCUUCAUGAGAGAAAGGACUGAUAAGUCAUUCCCCAACAGUUUUGACACAGCCAAAGCUGUGUGCAACAGUAUACGUGAUCCAGUUACAAGUGAAAAGCUUCUGGACUUCAUUGAACAUCAUCGAUUUGGUGUCAAUGAUCAGGAUUUGAUGCCACCACCCAGCAAAGUGAUGAGGAGAUGAGGAAUAAA